CUGUCGCGACGAGCUCGUCCUAGGUUUUCCUUCCGGUUCCCGCCGGCUAUGGCCGAGCGCGAGUGGCUGCGCCAGAUGGUGGAACUCAUGCUAGGCAAGCUCAAGGGAGGCGCGCGAGUGGAUCGUCGUGAGUUUUAUCGGAUGUGCGUCGUUCUUUCCAAGGCUAUGGAUUGCGCAAUCGCUGCAAAUCAGAGCCCGCAUUGUGUCCACGAUGUGAUCCAGCUGCUCAAGCAGGUGUGUACACAGAAAGACGAUGCCGACGUUCGUCCUGCGAUCGUGUUGGUGAUGCUAUCUUUCAAGGGUGCUGUUCAAAAAGGAUGGUUUAACAAUGUGGAUUAUGGAGAUCUUCUCUGUGUUGUCAACGAACUUCUCGACCUGUAUGAUAGACUUGGGUCUGCAUGCGUGAAAACGCCAACGGAUUUCUCGAGCAUUGAGAAAUUCACGGGUGACGUCCUUAUGCGCUUGUAUCCGUGGCUGAAACUGGGUAACAUUUUGCUAUACAUCGAGGCAGAGGCUGGCUACAGGACCGUGGUUUCCGAAUUUUACAUCCAUACUCUUGCGCCAGUGAAGCUUUUUACUAUCAGAAGGGACGCCGUCGAACAACCGUCGUGCUUGACUCCGCCAGCUCUAGUGAGCUUCAUCCUAAACGGAUAUCCUGUCGAUAGAAGAACACCACUUCAAAUGGAUAGUGGACCCCAACCCCCGGCAGAGUGCGCAAGAUAUUGCAGGUUAGGAAAUAAUGUAUUGCAAGUUGUGGGAGACUUUGCAGCUUCAUAUGUAAUUCUGGUGGCUCAUACGAAGAAUGCAAUCUUGGUUCCAACUUUGCUGGACCUUCCGGAAACCUGGCUCUUUGGCUCGCAGGCAGAUGACGAUCUGAUGGAAGGGGCGUCUAAAGUCUCACUAAGUUGUCCCAUCAGCCGGCAACGAAUUGCAACUCCCGUGAAGGGUCUGGCAUGCAAACACUUGCAGUGCUUCGAUUUCAAGAACUACACAGAAAUGAACACAAAACGACCGUCGUGGCGAUGUCCAUACUGCAACGUGGUUGUGACUUUGCAAGACCUUCGUAUCGACAUGAAAAUGGCAAAGAUAUUGCGUGAGGUCGACGGGAACAUCAAAGACGUGAUGCUCACCAACAAUGGCUCGUGGCAAAUGCUGGAGUCACAUCCUAUAAGCUCCCGGACGAAGAAAACCGUUCCAGUGAUCGUCGACCUUAGCGAGAUCGACAAUGAGGAUGCGCCAUCACUUUCUCCUUCUCGUCCGCCGGAGUCUACUACCACUCCUGUGCUCCGAAGUUCCUCAAUAUUUUCAAGCUCGCCGGCUCUAACGGAGGACAGGAAGCCGGAUAUUGCCAGCCUAUCAAGAACUUGGUCCGCAAAUAACAUGUCAUCAAUCGGUUUGGCACCUAGUCGAUCGCUUCCUGCGAAUCUUCUGCCAUCAACGCCAAACGGUUCCGAGUUGCGACAACAACAUCAGCGCAACACACCAACAACUCGACUCAGGCUCCACCGCUCGGAUACGGAAAGGCUGAUGCAACAACUGGCUGCCGUGCAAGCCCAGCACGCUCUUCAAGCUCAAGCUGCGCAGCAAUCUCCACAGGCUCAAGUCCAGAUGCAACAACAGAUUCAGCAGCAUGCUCAGCUACGGCAAGCUCACCCAGUGCAAGUUCAGUCUUUACUGCAGCAAACUCAGCAAAGUCAGGCCAUUCGCGCUCAAGCUCAAGCUCAACAGCCUCAAGCACAGCAACAGGCUCAGCUAUGGCAGACACAUCCACAACAUCAUCAGGCUAGCUUCUCUCGACGACAAGCUCAGCAGCAGCAAGCUCAGAUACUUUAUGCUCAACAUACUCUUCACUCUCAACGUGCUCCUGCCCAGCAAUCUCAGCAAGCUGCGCCACAGCAAGCCGCUCAGCAACAAUCUCCGCAGUUCCAGCUCCAGCCGAGGCAAAUUCAUCCGUGGCUUGUGAUUCCAGGCUCUAGCAAUGAUCCGCCACAGUAGGCUCUGUUGACAUAGAACACUGUCUUUCCAGAGGAUUUUCUUAAAGGUUGAAGGAACGAGUGAAAAAUCCCUUUUGGCUUAACGUAAGAAUGCAUGGAAUUGGAAUGAUGGAUCGAAUAGAAUAAAAGCUGCUUCUAUAAA